AAGUACAUCUGUGUGAUAAUAUUCAGUUUAUGUGUUGUAUUCUACGUCUCCGUGAUGAAAGGGAAGCUAACCGAAAUCAAACUGGAGUGGGGUGAAACUCCAUUGUCCUUGAAGCUUUUGCCAGAAGAAAAAUACAAGUCCAUGUUCUUGUUUGAUGGAUUUUGGCUAGGACCAAAAAACAGCUGCGAGUGUGUCGGAGCCAAAAAGCUGACAGUCUAUCAGUUGGAGAACUAUAUUGAUAAGGAUAAGCUUGCUGCUGUCACAGAAAGACGUGAAAAGGAAUUCGUGGAUUAUCAGCGAAGGUAUCGCUUCAAGACAAAAGAUGUCCUUAUUGCUCAGCCAAACACUCCUUUAAGCUAUCCAAUUCAAGGAGCUGAGGUGAUGCCUUUGCACACCAUGGUAAUUCCAGGGCUUGGUUUCCAUGGAGCAAGUACAGAAAACCUCCAGGUGAUCCUACAAGCUUCAUUUGGUACUCUCAACACCCUGGCUGAUGUAUCCCAAGACGUGGUAGGUGGGCGAGGGGAAAAGAAGCUGAACAUCUCUACUCCCCAUGUGAAGCUACUGAAUUACAUCCUGGAACACAUCACGUACACGAGCACAGAGUAUCUACUCGAUGUGGUGGAUCUGGUGACAUUUACCAUGGGGACUCAUCAGGUGAGGUUUCCUGUGACCAUCCGGCAGCCGGGCCUUCCUAAGCUGUUUGACCCAGGAUCAGAUUACAACGUCAGUAAUAUGGUGACCAUCACAACCAAGACUUUCUUGCGCUACCACAAGCUGAGGGUCCUCCUUGAGAGCAUACGGCAGUAUUAUCCGAAUAUGAAGGUCAUUGUGGCAGACGACAGCGAACACCCCGAGAUGAUUCAACAAGCCAACGUUGAGCAGUACAUUAUGCCCUUUGGAAAGGGCUGGUUUGCAGGAAGGAACCUGGCCAUCUCUCAGGUCACAACCAAAUACUACCUCUGGGUGGAUGAUGAUUUCGUGUUCACCGCAAACACCAAGAUCGAGAAACUAGUGGAUGUGUUGGAGAACAGCAACUUGGAUGUGGUUGGAGGCAGCGUUGGUGGCAAUGACUACAAGUUUAAGGUCAUCUAUGAGGAAGGAGAGGACAGCAGCUGUCUGCACAUCCGAUAUGGCUCUUACCACCGCUUGAAAGGCUUUCCCAGCUGUGUGGUCGCCAGCGGUGUAGUCAACUUCUUCCUCGCUCGUACUGAGGAGAGCAGGCGUGUUGGGUUUGACCCUAAGCUGCAAAGGGUGGCUCACUCAGAAUAUUUUAUGGAUGGACUGGGGAUUUUGCGAGUCGGCUCCUGCAAUCAUGUUGUUAUCGGUCACCAGCCACACGGCAGUGCGAAAGGCACACGAGAGGCUGACGUCGAGAAGACUUACGGCAGAUUCCGGGCCAAUACUCAGGAGCAGGUCCGGUUCAAACUGGCUUUACAUUACUUUAAGAACAGGAUGAAAUGCUACACAAAGGCUUGACUGCCGUCUUUCAACUCUACUGCUCCCGAAUCCUCUAGAUGGCACCUUUCAAGUGGCAAAUGGGCUCACCUGAAGGGACUCUCGAUUAUCUUGAACAAGCAACUGACUGGAGCCACAAAACCCACUGAGUGAAAACCAAAGCUCUUGCUUAGUAUCAUCUUUUGUGGGACUUCCCUGUUGGGGGGUUUCUUGCAACAGGACCAUACUGUGAAAUGCGUUAUUUGAAGUGCCAUGGAUCUCCACAAUCAAUCUCUUCUUCCACUGAAAAUGUAUGUGUGGUGAGACGGCGCCCAUUUUUGUUAUCUACUCUUGUGUAAUAGGCAGUAUAUGGAAGUUGUAUGCUGUGCUAAAGUGGAAUUUAAUUCCUCUACGGACUUUAACCCUGGCUGUUUAUAAAGCCAGAUCAAACCAUGAAGC